CUCAGAAUAAUGUCAACUUCAAAUCGAAUCUGAAACGAGAAGUAGGUACCUAGGUACUUUUCUUCUAUAAUUAAAAAUCAAAUAGGUAAUUACUUAGAAGAACACUUGUAUUUUAGCUAUAAAUAUUAUAUAGUUAAAUAUGGGUGGCCACGAUCACGGUCACGGACCCCCGUACACCAUUCCUCAUUACUCGCAGUUCCAGAUUAAGGGAAUCCCAGAGCUAGAGGAAGUGGAAAAAGAACUCGCCAAAAGAGGCUUAAAGGAUCCAUGGAUAAGGAAUGAAGCUUGGAGGUAUCACCCUGGCUUCGGCACUCGUUGGUACAAGGCCCGCAAACUGUUCUUCCGUGGUCUGCCUAUCGGCAUUGGCCUCACCGUUGCCACCCUCGCCUAUGACAAGCUAACUGGUGGAGACCAACACGGCCAUGGCCACGCUGAACAUUAGUUUGUGUACUUUCAGGUUUAUUAGUUAAAUAAAAAUAAAUUUGCAACUUUA